AAAAACUAAUACAGUUAGCAGUGAAACACGUAGAAAUAGAAAUGUUCUCGGUCGUAAGUUUUCUCCUUUACUUUGGAAAGUGAUCAGUGGUUUCAGUUUUAUAAUUCAGUGUUAAGGUGUUUUUAAACGAUGGCAAAGUUAGUUGAUGUAUACCGAAAUGAUGAACAGAAGUUGGGUAGAAGACAACUUCCUUUGCAAAUAGACGAAACUCUCACGAUGGUGAUGGAUUUAAACAGCAUGGGGUUUUUGAAUGACAAUCCUAUUGUGAAAGGCAAGGAGUUGGAUGAGUUCACAACAAAGUACAAAGUACUUUCUCCUGAAGAGGUCAAAUUUGCUUUUCAAGUCAACCGUAAAGACUUGUUGAAUAUUCUGAGUCAAACAAUACCUUGUGUUGGAUGCCGUAGGAGUGUGGAGAGAUUGUUCUAUCAAUUGAUGAAAACGGGGCACCCGGCAUUGGAUCCUUUGGUGAUACUAAAGGAGGGGUACUUGACACUGCAAGACGAUCACCUUGGGUGGCCUCACCUGCUGUGCACACUGCUACAUGGUCACAGUGCCCGCCUGAACGACCUGGUAGACAGCCAGUUGCGCUCCAAGAAGUCACGUCGCUGCGUGUUGCACUCCCUGGACUCCCAGCGGACCCGCGUGUUAUCCACAGCCUGGCGUGAUGUCUGGUCAGUGAUGAGGCCUCAGUGUAGGGAUGAGGUGGUUCUCAUAGAUGCUUCCGCACUCAAUGGCUACGCUUGA